AUGGUGGCCCCGUGUAACGGGCCCUGCUGGAGGAAGCGCGUGGAGGCUCAAGGGGGUCCCCGUUCGGACGGUCCCGCUCGCGCCGUGACGUCACGACGCGCGUGCGCGCUGCUGCCGCCCGUCGGCCAUGGCCGCCCCGCCGAGCGAGGUGAGUGGAGGCGGCGCGCCGCGUCCUCGCCCGCGCGCUCCCAGCCGCGGGACCCCCCCUGCAGGGACCCCGCGCCGAGGGGACCCCUCGCGAGGCCACGACCGAGCGCCGGACCCCCGCAGAGGACCCCCUCUCCUCUGGUGCAGGAGGAAUGCGAGGGCAGCCCCCGCUCCGCCCUCCCCGCUGCCUCUGCUCCAGGAGCGGACGGGGGCCCCGGACCCUGCGUGGCGGCGCGGGACGCGCGCGCGCGGGCGGCACGCGGCGCGCAAUGCGGGUUGCGGGGCCCCGGCCUGGCGCGGUGGCCAGCACGUUCGGGCGCCGAGAUGGAUGGAGGAGCAGAUCAAGAUGUGGUUGAUAAGGAGGUGGAAUCCCAGGUAACUGUGGCUGGACGCGACUGCAACAAGGUUGCGGGUGAUAUGCAAGGAGGUGACUCCGGACUUCUCGACAGGCAGUUGACCGAGUUGGAGACCACCAUCAAAGGAUAUGAUCAUCUGCCCAAAGUGAGGGCCAGCAACGCUGACGGGCUUAACGACGCCAGCGAAGCGAGGCCUUGCAACCCUCCUGUAGAGAGGCCCGAGAAGGCGACUGAGCUUCCGUCACCGGUCAAGGUGGAAGCCGUCCCCUCGCAGGGGUCGCCUGCCGGUGACGUGACGCCAAAGGGGGCCUCUGUGUCGGUCGAGUCGCCCGCUCGGGUCAACUCCCCUCUGCGCCUUCCUAUCAGUAUCAUCCCCGGCCACGCGGCCAAAUCCCUCAGCGGUGUUUCCAACCGUGCCAAGAUGUCUCUGUUCAUCAUGAAGCCUACAGCGACCACCGCGAUGGCCGGUAUGGGCCACAGCAACACACCCUCCAAGCCGGCAGGCACCACCAUGGACGCCAAGCGGGGUCCUUCGGAGGGCCCGCAACAAACGCCUGUCACGGAGCCGGUGAGGGUGAACCGCGCACGGAAAGACUCUGCCCAAGCCUACGCCGAGCCAGGUAAACGGGAACGAGCCGAGCGGUACCGCUCCGGGAAGCAAGCGGGACAGAACAAGGAGGCAGGUCGGUGCCGGCGCGAUGCCGACGCCGAUGUCGACGCCGACGCCGAUGCCGACACCGGUGCCGGUGCCGGCAGUUGCAAGGCCUCCAGCGAGGCCGCAGGGGGACCCGGCGGACAGGCCCCGAAACGCCCCCGUCGGACACCGUCGGCCUCGCGUGUGACGGGAAGGGAGCUGCCACCUCCUCCUCCUCAUCGGCCCCUCGCAAGAGGAAAAGGAAGAUGGGGCUGUACCAGCUUCGGGCAGAAGAAGAAGGGAAAGCCGAUCCGUCAGCGCACGCUGAUGGAGAUGCUGCAGGGAAAAGUGGCGCAGCCCGAGAGAGAUGGACGCGCAGAGGAGUGUGACCGGGCCUCCGAUGGCGAGAGUGACCGAGAUAUGGCCGACCCCUCGGGCGACGAGACCCAACCACCACAUGUACGGCGGGCGUCUGCCCGCGUGGAGCGCCAGAAGUACUUGCAGCGCAGCGGGCAGAACGCGUCGACGGCGCUGGCCCCGCCGGCCCCGCCAGACGGAGACAUCAAGGAGAGCUACACGGCCACGGCGCUCAGGGAGCUGCCUGUGCCGACGCACUCGGUGCUGUCCCCGCACACCAAGGAGUCGAGGCGCAGCUCGGACAUGGAGGAGGGGCUGCAGGAGCUGCCCCUGUGCAGCUGCCGCAUGGAGGCACCCAAGAACCGCGAGAUCAGCAAGCUGUCCAGUGGCAAGUGCAUGGCCACGGAGAGCACCAAUGGGCAGUUGACGCGGUGCCUUCGCUCGGUGGCCAAGCAGGAGACGAUGCGGCCAUCGAGCCAUGAUGAACGCACCAACUGCUGCCCGGGGUGCGGCUUCUUCUGCUCCACGGGCACGUUCCUGGAGUGCCAGCCGGACGUAGGCAUCUCUCACCGGUUCCACGUGCGCUGCGUGUCGCGCCUCAACGGCUCACUCUACUGCCCGCACUGCGGGGAGGAGGCCUCGUCGGCGCGGGAGGUCACUGUCUUCGCCGCCGACGCCGCUGCCGCUGCCGCCACCAUUACUGGCUCGGCAGCGCAGUCCGUGCGGGCCUUCGACAGCCUGCACAUGCGCCCCGGCGGCACCAGCGCGCGUAUGCGUCCGGCACCCGAGCCGAGCCGUGCCCAGGCGGCGCCACCGGCCGCAGCCGUGAUUUCGGCGAGUGCGGCGCCGGCUUCGGCUCCGUCUGGGAGCGAGGGGGAGGCGCCGCUGAGCGAGGGGGAGGUCGCCGGCCCUGCGACGACCCUCAAGAGCGGAGCGGUGAUCUCGGCGACGGGGCUGCCCUCGGCCGGCAGCAAGGAGCUCCUGGAGCAGGCGCUCAUCACGCUGCACACGGAAAGACCCAAGAAACUUCGCUUCAACCCCAAGCAGUUGUAUCUGGCGUCACGGCUGGGGGAGCUGCAGAAGGUGCUGCUGAUGUUGGUGGAGGGACUGGACCCCAAUGUGGCCAUCGAAGGGCAGAGGAAGAGAACUCCGAUGCACGGGGCGGCCGAGAGGGGCCACGUGGAGGUCCUCCACACCCUCGUGCAGCUGCGACACGAGCUGACGAGUGACACCGGGGACAGUCCACGAGGCGCCGCCCCGCCGCGCUCGGCGCUCGACUGCGUCGCCUGGGGCCGCGCCCAGGACGCGCGGCCGAGUGCCUCGGAGGUGUAG